AUGAGAAAAAAUCGCAUCUUCGCCAAGUCGUUGGUGCUGUCGAUCGUGCCGUGCAUUAUCAUUGCCAUUUUUGUGAACAGAAUAGGAGAUUUGUCAUUUGUGCCGUUUGGUGGCGGCAUUUUGUCACUCACCCGAACACUGAACCUGGCUGUGGCAACGAUUGCAAUAGUUCUGUUCGGUCUGGCGGUGCAUGCAUGGAAGAUCUUCUCUGUUCCGCUGACGACCGUUUUUGCGGUUUCUUCGUUGUGCGCCGGGCUGUUCGUUCAGUGUGUCUCAACACAAAGGAGCAUCGCGUUUCUUGCAAUCGACGGCAUACACGUGUUCAUCUGCUCGUGCUUGAAUGUCCUGGACAUGUGCUUGCUGCCCGGUACGUACGCGCUCGUUGAUAUCAACGGCAUUGUGCCGCACGUUCUCAGGCACCGAAACAGCAUCUCGGGGAAGAGCGUGAGACUGUGUGUCAUUACGAAUGUGCUGACGCUUUUUGUGGUUGUAACGUUUGUGAGGCGGCUGUGGGUGCUCAGGCACCUGUUGUAUCUAUCGGUUUGUUCGUACCUUUUCUACCUGUGUGUCAAUUUGGUACAAAAAAUUUUUGAGUACAAUUUCACGCUCGUCUGUGUGGGCGAGAAGAGAAAGGAAUUGGCAGAUGUGAACAGGGGAGAGAACAUGCCGAGUAAUACACGAUUCUUCAAGGAUAUCGGGAUGAAUGAAGGCUAUACUGGCAAAAUAAAUGAUAAUUUGGUGGAUCGAUCGGUACGAGGCACAGCAUGA